GUGUCAUACCUCACCAAUGUUUACUAAACAUUUCAAGGAACUAUUUUCAAUAGUAGAACAUAGGGAGUAAAUAGAUUAGCAUAAAAUGAAAGCUAAUCCUAUUUUUAAUAAUAGAAAAUUAAAAUGUAUGUCUGUAAAUUAAAUUGUGCUCUUUUUUUUAACGAAUCUGCUGAUGGCGUAUCCCAGACUGGAUGUUUAUACUGUAAAGCAGGAAGGGCUGACGAGAGCUUUGAGUUUGACAGCGUAGAUGCGAGCUGGUGAAAAUUAGACUAUUAAACUGUAUUGGUGAAGCUAUACGAAUAGCAAUCACAGAAUGUUGUUUUGUUUUUGCAUACGUCUUAUGAACAGCGUAUCCCUAUAAAACCAGGAGUUCUGCUAUCAUAUUCAUUAACUAAACCUGAAUACUGACCUUGAUUGCGAAACUUUACACCGGUGCAUAUACCUCAGUUUACUGUAAGUGUAUGCAAUAAUAUUUAGUUUUUUAAGAAUAAUUUUGUCAGAACUGUAGAAGUUUUGCCAGUCAGUAAGGAGACAGGAUUUUAAACAAAGAUGUAAAGUUUGUGUGUGUGUGUGUGUUUUUUUUUUUUUUUUGUAUUAGAAAAAAAAUAACUAAAGCAGAAAAAUCUCAUGGAGAUCGGUAAGAUAGCUACGGCAAAUAAGAUGAGUUUAAUAAUCGUGAAUGUGCUUGCACAAGCUACGGCAGCUUUCUAAACAUUUUAUAAUUGUAUAUAAGGAAGUACCUUAAACAUCUACGUAAUGUAUGACAAAUAUUAACUUCCCUAUACCGAGAGCUGAAAUGACAAAUUACUCGCGCAACAUUCAUUGGACCGCCCUGCUAGUAAGUAAGUAGUAAAAAAUGUAAAGAAAAAAAUAAAGAUGAAGAGACACAGACGAUUCUUAUUUUGGCUGUUAACCUUUACAAAGCGUUUUGAAAACCAUAGUGGACUUAGCUCAGAGGGUAAAACCACUGAUCCUGUAACAAGAGAAACGCCUCAGAACUGACUGAAACUUCACAUCGUAAACGUAUAUAAACAAUGGGACUGGCACCGAGCGAGCCAUGCAUCUAUGAGAAGCUGUCUGAAAGUGUCGAUAUCCUGAGGCGAUCCGGGUAUCGAUAUGGAAUGUCGGAGAGGGAGAUCGAGAAGUUCAUAAAGCAGGUGCUGGAAACGAAUGAGCCCAGGCGAGAGCCGCCCCAAUUCCCCAUCCUGCUGGCAGCGUGCAAGCUUGUAAUUGCACUGGGAUUCCUCUUGGUGGCAGUGCUGGCGUUCACCUACCCUCUUAGCUUUCCACAGUACAGGUUUCCUGUGGGUCAUGCUCACAACUGGUCCUCUCCCAUCAGCCACGUGCGCCUCCUGUCUCUGCCCAUUGCCAAGAAGUACAACCUCGAAGGGUUCCACGAGUGGUGGAGAUCCCAUAAGAAGGGGCACUCUGGAGCUGCAGUGAACUGCUCCGAAUGUGCCUCGGUGUCGGCUGUGCUGGAGGUGUGGAAGGGUCAGGGCUUCCCAGACUGCAUACUUCAGGGAGUGCAGCCCGUAGUAAUUGAGGGGGGCCAGUCCUUAACCCUGUCCUAUGCAGACCUGGAGCAGCUGUACUCCAGGCAGCAGGAGUUCAUGGACCUUUUCAUCAGGGAGCAGGAAAACCUGAUCGUCCUGGCGCAGGAAUUCCCAAAGGAGCCCUCCGACUUCAUACUGCUGUGGAAGCCCCAGCUGGUGAGCCGUCAGGAGGUGCUGCAGGGGCUGUUCCCCAGUGCGGAGCUGCAGAGAGUCCUGGACAGGGAGGGGGUCUCUCUGAAGCGCUGCCUGGUGACAGACAGCCAGGGGCUGCAGAGCAAGGCCCAGCAGGUGUACAGAUGGCUGGUGGUGGGGAGCGGGCAGCCUUCGCUGAGAAUCCUCCCGCUCGCGGAGUGCCGAGGGCAGUGCAGCUCCUUCAACGUGUGGCUGGAACCAGGGGACAUGGUCUAUGCCGAUUCCAAGUUCUGGCAGAUGGACCUGUUUCCAGGCCGGGGACAGAGCAUCGUUUGUGACGGCUUUGCUUUCUGAUCAGCCCCUGCAAGCAGUCUGUGGAAAGAUAAGCGGAUGCCAGCCAGCUCCUGCAGCGAAACAGCAACGUCAGUCUGUCUGUCUGCCUGUCUGACUAGGACUCCACCCACUAAACCAGGCCCUCCAGGACUGUGAUUGGACCCCCUGCACUAAACAAUGUCUGAACACCCAGCUGCCUGAUGUCACCAACGCUGGCCAAAAUGCAUGAAGCAUCUUGUAAACAACAGACGUGACCAAUGAAACUCUCUCCAAAUCUGUAUGUCAGUCUGUCAAUGAGAACCGCAGUGAACUUGUUUUGUGGAAGCUCACCACUGCUGUGUUUUGUGCUGUGUUUUUGAAAAAAAAAGCCCUGCAUUUAAAUGUACAUCUGUUUUGAAUUAGCAGCAGACAGUUUAAGGAAUGGCUUGCUCAAGGGCCUUAUCGAAUCUCUACAAUAGCAAUAACGCUGGACAUGGCACGCUGAACCCAUACUUAUUGGAAAGGUCCUGUGUUUGUAUUCCUGGGUCAGUCCUGUGCAGUAACUGAUCUAAUGUGCUAAUAAGAAGCAUUACUGAAUCAGGGUUUGAAUGAGGGUUGGGUCAAUUAGCAGGUCUGUCUUCACACAGAGAGUAAAUAGAAUAAAAGAAACACUACUACCGGUUUCACACAAGGCUGCUUUUGUUUUGUCUUGCUUUGUUUUUUUCAUUCUAAAUAUUCUUUUUUAUUACUUUUUGGCUCUUGUGUGUAUCCGAUACUGUUCAGGUCAGUAUGCACAUGAGUGAAAGGUUUACAGAUCACUCAGAUGCUCCCAUCACUCGAAUCUCUCUGAAGGGUAAAGGCCUGUGCAGUUUGAAGGGCGGGUCUGUCUGUGCUGUGGAGUGUUCCGCGCCCCAGCUGUCAUGACAUCACCACACAGCAUAGGAGGGUGGGACCCUGCACCUGUUCCCAGUGAGCUCAGCCCCUCUCCUCCCGGCGCCCCGGUGUCCUCUGGGGGUCCCAGCUGCUUCUCGCUGGCUUCCAGCACACAUGGAACGCAUUAUCUUGUUUCCUGUAGAAAUAUAAUUUAUUUUCUGUGGGUUUUAUUGCAUAACAGUGACCAAGCCUCAUGUCUGGUGGUAUUCAAGUAUGUGGAGCACGGACUUUACCGUUCCGUCUUGCUUAACUGUGUGUGCAUGUCAUUACUAUACACUGCCAGCACCACAUGCUGUAGUACCCAAUCAUGGGCAUUUCAUUUUCCAGCAAAAUCAUUUCUCCCUGCAUUCUCCACAGGCAAGAUCAGCAAAAUGAUGAUGAUUAUUAUUACUAAUAUUAUUAUAAAAAAAAAAAAAAAGUAUUGCAACUGUUUAAUUGUUGCUGUAAUUCCUCAUUGCAUACAGCCAAAGACUAGGGUGUCUAAGGACUUGAAUUUGGGGUGGUCUCGCUAUUAGCCUGUAGAGCCCCACACCACAGGUUAAGUGUCAGUAUCCUUGUGUUUGGUUAAACAUUUUUAAAUAUUUGUAUUGGGGGAUGUGUAAAUAAUCUGAAUAAUCAAAAAAAAGGGUAAAAAUACAUUAUGUAUGUACAAAUAUUGGUUUGGAUUGGAUGUGAUUUUUUUUCUUUCUCCAAAGGUUUGGAUAAUGUUUAUAAAUAAAAUUCGUAUUGUUCUCUAAAAUAA